AUGGAGAAGUCUCAGGGUGCCUGCUCCCUUCCCCCCAAGGAGUCUUCCCUAUUUAAAAGGAUAGUUGUAUGUUUUGCCCGGUUCAUACGUUAUAAAUACUCAUGUUAGAAAUAUUAUGAUCAAAAGCAAUACAAGACUGGACUCAAAUUUGCCAAUCAAAUCCUUUCGAACCCGAAGUUUGCCGAGCAUGGAGGUAGCUCGUCUGAUUAAUGUCAUUUUUUCUCCCCACAGAGACACUUUCCAUGAAAGGGAUCCUGCUAAAUUGCAUGGGAAAGAAGGAAGAGGCAAGGGACCUCGUAAAGCGCGGCCUGCGUGCGAAUCUACAGAGUUUUGUCUGUAUGUUCCACAAGUAUUUUAUAUGUAAAAGGCUGGCACAUCUAUGGCCUAAUUAUGAAGUCGGACCGGAAGUACGAAGAAGCUAUUAGAUGUUAUAUCCAAGCCCUGAAAUUGGAUCCAAAUAAUUUGCAAGUUCUCCGCGAUCUUUCAGUGUUACAGAUGCACACACGUGACCUCGAGGGCUGUAAGGUAACUCUAUCGGUGCCCCCUUAAAUGUGUAUCAGGAAACUAGAACUAAGUUGCUUACCCAAAGGCCGAGUCAAAAAGCUUCGUGGGUUGGCUAUGCUGUGAUACAGCACUUCCUUGGGAACCUGGACGCCGCUGCGAAUGUUGUUAACGAGUUCCUUAAAGUGCAGACCGGCAUUGAACCCUACAAUUAUGAACACAGCGAAUUACUCCUGUAUUACAUAACCAUAUUGAUCGAAAGCGAGCGUUUUGACGAGGCUCUUUCCUUUAUGGAAUCGUGUACCAAGGAUGUGGUAGACCAUGUAACUUACCUGGAAACUCAUGGUGUGUCGUCUAUUUGUUUCAUAAUCUUUCCCUAGCUGAUUUGUUGUUUAAGCUAGGUAGGGGUAAAGAAGCUGAAAAGGACGUUUGGGACUUGUUGGAGAGGAAUCCGGAAAAUAAACUAUAUUAUGAACUCCUCUAUCGCAUUGACGCCCCGGAACUUGCCCAUCAGCACAUAGACGUUUCAGUAAGGUUGAAGGUGCUUCGAAAAUGUUUGGACAAAUUUCCAUCUGCAAGGCUCCCGAAACUCCUCUUUCUCGACUUGUUGGAAGGUAAAAUUUAUUUUACGACUUCUAUUGGAAGGCGACGAGUUUAUAUCAAAGGCCCAUGAAUUCCUCCAGAAUAAUUUGCGGAGGGGUGUUCCGACGCUUUUUGUGCAACUUAAACGCUUUUACACUUCGCCGGAAAAAGUUGCAUCACUUGAAAGCUUGUACAUGGCGUACCGAAAAAAUCUUGACUUAUAUGGAACUCUUGGACCCGUAUCCGGUGCUGGACCGAAGUCAAAGUCGGAGGAGUGUAUACCAGAACCACCAUCAACCUCGCUUUGGUUGAAUUAUUUACUCGCCAGUCAUUUUAACCACAUUGGACAAGUGCAAGUAGGUUUUCUUCAGUGGACCGAAUCUUUUAGAAAGCCCUAGAUAUUGUUUCGGCUGAAUUAGAGAUGAACCCCACGAUUGUGGACUUGUACGUCCUGAAAGCUGAAAUCUAUCGCGAUGCUGGCGAUGUCGUCACCGCCAGUCGUUGGAUGGAGGAGGCCCAGUCUCUUGACACCGCAGAUCGCUUCAUUAAUGCUCUCUGUACGAAAUACAUGGUACAGGCUCAACGCUUAGAAGAUGCAGAGGCAAUGGCCUCAAAGUUUACAAGGGUAUGCGAAGCUUCAUCUUCUGACCCACAAACUAGGGAAGCUCCACAGCUGCCGCCUACCUUUCCGAGAUGCAGUGCAUGUGGUUCCUUAUAGAAAAUGCACUGGCUUUAAGAACGAUGAAAAAGUACGGUGAGGCUCUGAAACUUUGCCAUGAAAUUGACAGAGUGAGUCGCCCCACCUAACUGCCUUUACCCUCUUUAUGCGAUUUGAUCGUCAUUAUGCAGUUGUUUGUCUUUAAAUUCUUUACGAUCACAUGGCUCAUUUUGAUUUAAGGAUAGUUCAAGUGCAAAUUGUCAUGGUGGGACGAAUUCACGAGAGGCACUUUCAAGUCUAAUUGGAUGCGCAUUAUGUCCUGAAAUCUUUCAUGUUGCUCUCAGCGAUAGUCCGCUAACGAAUGCGAAUCCUAUUUGAGGCACAAGUUGGUCUCGAGUUGUUUACAUAAGUGUGUGCGCUCUUUCGUGGACUCAGAUAUCUGCUUGUUGACGCAUUUCGGUCUGUUAUGUUAUCUUUCCCACCUGCUUCGUUCGUAACUUCCCAACUUAUGUUCCUAAUUGUUUCUCACGUCUCGUUUUAGUUUAUGCCCUGAAGAAGUCAAAAUACGUCUUCUUGACAGUAUGAAUUCCUAAUGAACUUUCCAACUUCGCAAAACCAUAGUCCUUUUCAUGGAGGAAGCUGGCCGGCUUCCUAGUACAAUAGUAGUGUUACAUAUAUAAGGGAGCGUUAUUUCUCUGGGAGGGUCUGUGUUCUAAGACCGCCUUAGGUCAGAUGUUUUUAUGCACAUAAUUCAUGGUGUGGUCCUGGGUGCGGUGAUACUGGUUAGCACAGUACCAUUCACAGAUCUUAUUUGAUUGUUGUUAAAUUAUCGAGCAAUCUGCAACCAAAGCUCGCGGACCGUAGCCCUGGUUCAAUCACCCGGUUUAGUCGUGUUCUGCCCUGUCAAGUGAUUUUUGAAUUCGGAGGGUGGUCCCCCCACCACACCAUGUAGAGAUUCCAAAGUUGCGCAGGACGGCAGCAGGCGAAGUGUUAUUGGAUAACGGGCAGGGUUCGCUAGGCCUUACUUCAGCCAUAGCUCAUGACCAUUGUGUGGGCAGCUGACUUGUCGGAUGGGUGCGCAGUCAUGUAUGGAGCCAUUGUCGCUGAACGAGUCACGAUCUCUUCGUCCCCAGACUUUUGCAGUCGCCUAUUAUGCAUCUGGUCUGCGAAAGCUGCCUCACUUUCCGGCACCUACAGACGCGCCGAAUAGACCAUAUAUGGUUUACCAUGCAGACUUCACUUUUCCGGGACAUUAUCGCCAAUGUUUCUGUAUCUCACUUUUUGUAUGUUGUGGUGAAUACACCACAUAUUUUUCCAUUUUUACCCAUGAUGUCUGCCAGACAUACAUUCCGAAUGUUUUGCACUCGAUGGCAAUUUUCUGCUUCAACCGACUGCUCUUGCCUGAAUUGUAUUGCAUGCUUUAUUUUUGUAGUCCCUAUGAACCUCUGAUUUCAUUUUUUCCCAUGCAGCAUUACUCUGCUGUUCUGGAGGAUCAGCUCGAUUUCCACUCUUACUGUCUUCGUAAGGGCACUUUGCGCGCCUACGUAGAGACGGUGAGACUUGAGGAUAGGCUACGAGACCACCCUGCAUAUUUCAAUGCAGCUGCCCUAGCCAUUGAGGUACCUAACUUUUUUGUGCAUGCUAUAAACCUCACCAACUGAGAAUGUAUUUUCUCACUCUCGAAACCGACUCUGUCCACAACAUUUGAAAUUUUAGAUGUACUUCGAGAUUUUCCGUGUUAUCGAUCUUAAAAGCUGACAAACCAUUGUCAAACCUGUUUACUUUUUCCAAUAUCUUAUAUCUAGAUUUACCUCUUCCUGCAUUUAAAUCCACUGGGUGACGAGACGGAGACUGUCGACCAGCCUGGCUGUAAGUGCUCGUCACAUUUUCCCUUUCCAUGUUGUCCAUUGGAAGCAUGUUUGCCAUCAUGCUUUGUGUGCUUCUAUGGGUUAAUACAUUUUUCGAAGACUUUUGGAAGGUUGGGUUCUCGGUAAUCAUGCAAUGGCGGUGCGUACACAAGCAGCCACCCUGAAUAUAGAUUGGCUGCACCCUGAAGCUAGAUGUCGAUACACGUUUAAAUUUGCAUCAUCACGGUAGCACAAUUGCUUCGCAAGGAAUACGUCGUGUGCUUGAAGAGGGCUUUGUCGAGUUCGCAACUUAUGUUGUGGACACUGUACAGAGGAUUACGUUUUUGUUUUUCUGAUGAGGACAAACGCUAACGCCCAUCUCACUCGUUUCGAAAAUUUUCUACUUAAAAGCCGCUUUAGAAUAACGCAAUUUCGUGAAAUUUCAUCUCUGUAGCUUCCUGACCAGUUUCGGGGGCGGGGGGGGGAAGGGCCUUACGGUUCUCUUCCCAACCCCCGACGCCAACGUGUCCUGCUAGCCAAAAACUAGGGCAGGGUACUGCCAGUUCAGGGCUGGUGGUCCAGAUGUACUGACACUUAUCACACACAUUUCAAGAUAGGUAGACUAAACGUGAUCACGAUUCCCUUGUAUUUUUCUAUUGUUGCCCAAUUAUCUACAGACCGUUGUACUGCUUAUUGCCUUGGAGAGUAAGUCCUUCGCUAACAUAUCAAGCCUCUGAUUUACUGGCUAAAGAGCUAGUGAUGGCUCCAGCUGCGUGACUGAGACAGUCUCCGAGCCGAUAGUAGUUAUUUUCAGACUAUUCCGACGACUAUCGUGCUUUGAUACUACUUUCCGUCAGACACACAAGGGACAGAAAUUGACCGUUUAUACAAUGUUUUCUGUAGCUAAUAUGCCCACUUCCGAAUUGAAAAAACUACGCAACAAACAACGUCGCGCCGAACGUCGUGCAGAAGCUGAAGCCCAGCGCUCCAAGGCCGACCAAGAGAGACGUGAACAAGGCCAACGCUCUCGGCAGAAUGCAGAUCGAGAAGCUGACGCAGACAAGCCUCCUGAAGUUGAAGAACUGGAUCCCAAAAAACUAGCCAGAGUGAGCAUAUCAUAAAUGCUGCUCGGUCAAAACCACAAUUUUCCGACCUUUCCACAGCUCGAAUUACAUCAGCACGUUGCACGCCAAAUAUCACAUGUUGUCUGGCCUAGCACGUUACCUCUCCCUAGAUUCGUAGUAAUUUUUAUUUCCCACAGAGAAAAUAGACGCUUCCGUAUUUCAUGACAUUUGUACGUGGUAGUUAGGACUUUCUAACCAGUAAUGGGUUCCCUACUCGUUAAAAAGAAGGUGCACGACAAUUAUGGAAUAUCUCGAUAAUCGUAUUCUUUCCAGUUUCCAGUUUUAGCUAAGGCAGUUUUCGACCGUUCUCACGAUGUAUGCUUGUUUUCUGAGAGCAAUUUUUUUAUCUUACCGACUCUUGCACCAGUCUUUCGUUCAUAACGUCCUUGCACCAUUUUAAAAGUUGUCGCAUGUUAGAAGAACCGUUUAGGCAAUCUAGCGAAUGCCAACAGGCCACAUUUCGGAUCUUCGGGUUUCAGCGUAGAGCACCACUUUUUUGAUGUGCGAACUAUGAAAAUAUUCACCAACCAGUGCUAAGCGAUUUUGCACUUAUAUGUUUGCAUCUGACCUCAAAUGCGCGGAAAUCAUGUAGUUUAGACGAAUCGACAACGGUUUUAACACAGAUCAGGUAAACAUAGUUCGCGUGGGUCUUGUCGGGUAAAGGGAAUAGCCAAGCUUUUGCUUUACCUCUUCCAACCCAUCUAUUUGAAAAGGCGUUGUUUAGAAGCUGAUGCACGUGUGACAGGGAGCACCUUCUCGAGAGGUGCUUUUGAAAAGGCGUUCAAACUCCGCCAACCUACAUCCCUGUUUUUCUGCGCUGCUUUAUACUCUCUAAAAUUGAUGUUUAUCUUGCGUUACAAUCGUGGUUUCCUAGCAACUUUGCCCUCGCAUGGUGAAACUUCCAGUAAAUGUGAUGGACUGUUAACUUUAUUUGUCCGAGAUGUUAGUGCCAUCAUGAAUCGUUAAUUUGGAAGCCGGAAGGGCGUUUCGAAAUAUGCAGCUCGGGUGCAGGCCAUGUCAAAGAUGAGGUCACUGUCUCGCUCAUGAGUAGUUUAACGCAUGUUUAAUAAGGGCCAUCGAUGCAAAACUUCUCAUUUUACCGGAAAUUUAAAAGUCUGGUUUUGUUCCGCGCCUCUCAGGUACCCGUACUAACGUUCUUGGAGCUCGCCGAUCCUCUUCAUUACGAUCCGUUUUGCAGGGCUUAUGGUAGGAGCUGAAGCCCCGCAGCACUUCAGCGCUCUCCCCACUAUAGUAAAUUUGGCAGGCUUGAAUUUAUCAUGGUGUGCUAAAAGCCGUGACUUGAAGGGCCGCCACCUCACGAGACAACUCGGUCCCCUCAGGACGGUGUCAGGCUUCAAUGGCUCCUUGUUAAUUUAGUUUUAUGACACUCUCACUCAUUUGGGAUCCGAGCUGCCCGUUGUUGUGUGGAAAUCAAGUCCAUCUUGCGCGGGUCAGGCGUGUGCAGCACGCGUAGACGAGUUGUUUAGCUGUGUCGAUCAUUGCGCCCGAUACCGCCUCAGGUCUUCCUGACUCCAUCUUAACACCAAGCCCAGGUGGGGGAAGCAAGAGGGAGUGCGGCAGAUGCAAUGCCGCAAUUCACCGUCCCUGCGCCCACCCUGCUGUGGAGCACACGGUGGACAUCGUCGGAUUGGAUGGUCGAACUGUCGUGUGAGUUGCUCAGGCGACGACUUAUUUGGUACGAUUUGGCAGUGUUCUUAACUAAACAGGAAGUUUUGAUGUUUGCACGUUUGAAGGAUACCUGAGUAAGUUGAUCUCUGACAGGAACUUGUCCCGAGUUGGGCGAGUAAUUCUCGUAUGACCGACAGCUUUGUAUUGAGAUUGCCAUACAACAGCAAGCUCAGCGCUGCAAAUGGGUGCAUCCGAAUAACGGUACUUUUUCGUUUUAUCAACGUUACUGUCUGAUAAACAUCGCUUUAGGUGUAAACCAAGAGCUGUUUACCAUUGUGUGUCUGUCGACACUGGUUGUCAAACUGGCAAGAUAGCGGAAAGUCGCGGGAUAUUUGACCUGCUAGGAUAAGUUUGAAAAGCGCCUGACUCGAUACUUUAGUUCCACAAACGUUUACAUAUAUGCUGUUUUACUGUCAUAGUUUAUCGUGUAUGACGUGAAGGCAGUCUUGAUAACCAAAUACAGUCACUAGGGCUUCUCCCUAAGGAGGAAUAUGAGGGCUAUGCUCUAAUUUUAAGUCACAACCGACCUGCGCGUGUCCGCUUGCGGGGUUUCAUCUCUGAAGACUUAUUACCAGUCGCAAAUGAUACAACUGCAUGCAGUGUAAGUCGACAUCUCCGCUAUUAUAGCAAUAUCCCAUCAGGUAACAUUAGAAAGUGACCUUGUCCUGUAGGAGGUUGAAGAUUGAAUCGAGUUUUCUCCAUAAUAAUCUUGCUGGCGCUUUCCGUAUUUAAUUACUGUAACCUAGUCUGAAAUAUCGGCUGAAGUAAGGAAUUCAACGAGGCCUACUAAGACUGGUUUCAGACAAAUUUUACUCAAACACUGCUUUGUGGUUUUCUGAACUUUGAACCUCAUGAUAACCAUGAGCCGCCGUUGUUCUAUAACUUGUUAGCUUUCCGGGCCUUAUGCACUCAAUUUAUCCCCUUCAGCCUGAGGAUGCACUAUCGGAGGCCGCACGUUUUCUGCAACCACUUGUAGAGCUCUCGAACAGCCGUAUUGAAACUCACUGCCUGGCAUACGAAAUCUAUGAGCGCAAGGGUAUGUUGGCCCGUAUUUCUAGCUUGAUAUUUUACUCGAUUAUAAACACCACCCCCAGUAUAAAGGCUUCAUACUUCAAGCAAUGUUUAGAAUCUGCCUAGUUACUCUUCCGAAGACAAGACCGCGGCCAAUCCGAUCACUAGCCGCACGCAAAUCUGAGCUGCUAGUGCAGGACUAGACAGAGACGGGUGCAAUAUUAUUAAAGGUGUUAGGCGUUCUUGUUGUCGUCUUUUCAGCUGUACCGUUUAAGUCAACUUUCUCUUCAUCCGCUGGCUUGUAUUUUAGGCAGCCUCUUAAGUAUGUUCCUCCUGUAUACACCCGACUGGUCAACUUUUGAGAGUUGAAGUUUGAUAUGAAGCUAAGUCCUCCGAGCCGCCCUUCUGAGCUUGUGGUUGCAUCGCGACAUCUGUUAACACCUUUCAGAAACGGGUCUACGAGUUCCUUCAUGUUAACCCCGUUAGCCUAAACUAACCCAAUAUGAAAGUAAAAACUUUCUGAUCCGAUCGCCUUAGAUUAUGAUCAUGCAGUCUAGCUGCUCCUUACUGCGGAAUCCAGCGGUAACACUGCUACCAAGAGGCGGUAUAAGUUUGCUGUUGUGUCACCAAAUUCGAGUUGGCCGCAAAUAUGUGUUACUUCCGUUCUGAUCUGCAGCUUAAGAGCAGCCUUGUAGUUGCAUGCUUCGUUGGGCUUAUUUCUGUGCAUUUCUUUCGUCAUCUUCUGGUAUUCUUGACUUCUAACCUGCAGAAAAGUGGUUAUUGAUGCUCCGCUCAGUUCGUCGCGGUUUGGCUCUGCCUGGUGCGGUCGAUCACCCCUGGUUUAACGAGUGCACAGUGCGAUUCCUACACCGCUUAGCACAACUGCAAAAGCCCACAAACGAAGGAGACGCUCUGGUCAACGAGGUGUUGCUCGAAGAAGUUCGUUCUGUAUUCUCAGUCCCUACAAAAUCGCCUCUCCCGGACGCGCUAAAGUAUAAUGAGGAGUUUAUUCGAAGGAACUCCAAGUCUUUCAUACAUGUCUUUCGAGGUACGACGCCAUGCCACUGGCUCAUGUACAAUGUUCGGAUUUAACAUAGGGUCUAUCUAUCCUGCCCGUGCUUCCUACAUUGUUUUUUUUUUUUCGUACGAUUUUUCAGACAAAACGCCUUAACUUCGACGUUUUCAAACAAUCUUUGACUGAUAUUUAGUUUGUACAGUUUGUCAGUUUCGUACAUCAAUAGUGAUUGGUAACGUAGGGAUUGCAGUUUGCUCGAAUCUUUGAAUAAUUCACUUAGCACCCUUCCCGUCUCUACCGGGAACGUUAAAAAUAAAUCUGUUAAGCCUGUCCCUCAGAAGGUCACUAACUUUUUCGCACACAUUGGUUUACGGUAGGUUUACCAGAAAUCCAGUUCUUAGUUGACGACACACGCCUGCCCACUAGUAGACAUAAAAUCCAUGCGCUUCUGGCCGAAUGUCCACUUACAGUAAAAGUAAGAGUUUGCAGUGCGUAGCUAAAAAUUUCUAUAAUAGCGACCUAAUUCCCUCUACCUCACUCAGCUCUGGACUUUUUCAGGCACCCUUGCAAAGGCCAUUGUUGACCCUGAGUCCGCUGCCUUACAUCUGAAGCAGCUGCCCAGUCCGUCGGCCGAAGACCUGGGAGAAAUUAAGUGGGAUGUAAGCCAUUCCCUUGUAGUCCGCUUUUCUUUAAUUUAUCUUAUCUUUUGUUACUUUUCUGACUACCUCGUACCCGUGUCCCCACACCGGAAGUGGUAAUCGCUAGAAGCCGGUAUGCUUGUGGCCGUUAAGUCAUGUACGGUUUAAGUUAUCGCCCUUUCUGUAAGAUCGAUUUGUAUAUUUUUUACACUAUCACAUCUGAGUGAAUUUUAGCACGGUUUUUAACUUCCUCAUGCUGCAUAAAUAACACAGGACUACCACACACUAAGUACAGCAAAGCAAAUGUUUACAUUGAAAGUAAUUGAUUUAUCAAGUGCAUGCUUGCAAAUCGGCACAUCUUAACAGUUAGAUCAGAAGAUAAUACGUUUUACAACCGGGAGAACGUUUACUUCAACAUUUUUCCCUUCAAAUUAAAAUCGGGAUCAUUUUCGUAGAGGCCUUUUGAAUUUACGGUCAUUUCUUCGAGAAGUAGCCUUUUCUGUCUUAAAUGUUAAUCAGAAGCAAAGAAAAUUGAACACAACAGCAUAACGCAGGUAGAAGGGCGGCAAAUAGUUAGCAUAUUUUUUUUAUAAACGGAAUUGUUUCACCUUCAAAUUCGCCCGUCUAGCUAUUGCUGGACAAAAAAACGUUCUACAUUACGUGAUUUUUUUAAAUGAGCAAUGCAAGGCUUCUACUACUUGCGCUUUAUAGAAGGGCUUUAUUGGGUCCCUGUCUACGGUGUUGCAUUUGCAGCUAUUUGAUCAAACCCGAGACGAAAUUUGUCGCAGGCUUCAUCAUACAGUCGCGGAGCCCUCAGCAACAAACCCUUCAAAUGAAUGCUGUUUGUGAGAAGUAAUGUACUGUCAUCCUCAACGCCAGCGCCCACCUCCAGUUGUCUGGACUUUGUCUUGCAGUUGGAAGACGCUAGGUUUAGAAAUAGAAUUCAUUAGAUGCUGCGAGAGUCUGCUUUACUAUAAACUGACACGAUUCACUACCCCCCUUUUAGGACCUCAUCGCUUCCGACGACCGUGCUGUCUGUUGUGGGGGUUGCGAAAUCGUGUUAAUGGCGCAAAGGUCUACGAGUUGUUACUAGCACGAAAAGUAACGAUAUGCUGCGAUAUUUCUAAGAACCUGUGGACCUAUAAAUGUUUCAGAAACGGGAGGCCAUCUAGGUGAUAAUUCAGCUAAGCCAUAACGGUCGUCUUUUCACCUCUUAAACGGGUCGCAUUAAUUAGUUUGAAUUGUUAAAUUAUCCAGCUGCUCAAAGCGAUUACAUUAUGCAUGUUUAGAAAGCGUCCUCGGAUUUCUCCGAGUAUUUCGACCAGUUGAUGUGUGAACUUCAAAUAAAUUCUUCAGCACAAACCUCCCGUUCGGUCCGGAGCGGAUAUGACCUGGACUCUCAGCUUCAACGAAAGAAACGCAUAAUGCUUUCGUUUUGUCAACGGGCAGUCAGUCGUGUGUAAAUAUAUUGGAUGACUUACCAUACCGCCUGCGGGAGUGUUAGUUUGAAGUCCUGACACGCGUUCCGCCAACAUUGUGCCAUCUCAUGGCGCAGCUGUAAGGGGUCCGACCCAUUAGUCGUUCUCCAUGCUUUCUGACAUGGUCCCCCGUUUUCGAUGUUAAGCCGCUCGCCUUCUUUAUAAAUUAAUGUUUUCACCUAUUUUUGCACUACCGACUGUUUGUGGGCAAUGUAUGAGUAUCACGCCGCACGCCCUAUGAUGAUGGUGGAAAUCUAAACAAAAAAUCUUAUUCCCUGGAAAGGACAUUCGGAUACUUGUCUCUGCCGUAAUUCCUGAGAUGCAAGUAUUCCACUGGUCAAAUACAUCUAGAGUCUUCUGCUCCCAAUGUUACGCCAGUUCGUCACUGGCCGACUCCGAUGAAACCGAAUUGAUAGUCAUUUUUGCCGAGAACUAGUGAGAAAAAGCACAUGUAUUUUUUUAAUUCUCGCUCUUGAUGCAGUUCUUGUUCGUUUCUCUUAAGGGAAAGUAUAAAAUGCUGCGUUCGGCAAAGCUUAAAGACAAAGCUUUUCCUAGCACAGCCCCAAACUUCGCGGUAUGACUUCAUGUAUAACUCACGUGUAUGUGCUGGCUCAUGCGCCAUGGAAUACCUACAUUGCAGCCCACGUAACUAGUUGUUUUUAUUGUACAGGUUCUUCACCAAGCCCUCGAACUCCUCAAGAGACAGGCUGCUUUGAGAAUGAUACCUAUAACAGACGACUUGAUUGAGGAAUUCCGUACUGCCUGCGCGAAACGCUUCCCUCUGGCUGCCGUCUUUCUCACUCUCUCAGAAUGGGAGGAGCUGCGUAAAUCGGCCAUCGAAGCCGCAUACGAGUCGGCCCUAUAUGGCGCCUAUCCUCAAAGCAUUGCUGCUGGUGAUGCGGAACGUUCAACCAUAGUCGAAAACGAACUCGCUCCCGGUCUGAAGGCUGUAUCCCUAACUGAGCAGCCGGUUGUCAAUGGGAGCAGCGGUGGUGCAGUUGCGGACAGUCCGCCCUUGAAUAAUACUCAACAGUGUAAAUCUAAGAGUGGCAAACGCAAGAAAGGAGUAGCCAACAAGGCGAAGGAUCCAGCCUCCGUUGCGGCCGUAUAG